AUGCAAUUGCGAAUGCCCCGAGCGACGGGCGGCAACCUGGGGAGGACUAAAAAUAUCAUUCAUUUCGUGCAAGCCUUUGUCAUUUUCAUUGCAUGGGCGAUGACGAUCGCGAUUUGGACAAAGGGCAAUGGUAUCGAUGGGCGGACAGUUUGGUACUGGAUUUUGUGUUGGAUCAGUCUCCCCGCCCUGGUGUAUCUCGCCGCCGUGCCUAUGUGGCCUCGAGCCCGCCGCUUCGGAAAUGUUUACGCCUUUGCGACUGUUGAUAUCAUCUACGCUGUAUUCUGGUUCAGUGCCUGGGUUGCCCUAGCCUCAUACGUUGCGCAAGGAAAGAGCAUCGGAAAGUCGAGCAGCGAUGACAAGACUUCCAGCACCAAAACCACCCGUGCCACGGACAGCACCAAAUCUGGUUGCGACAACUGGGCCUAUGGCAGUGCCAGCAAGUGCAAAAUCAGUACGGCGACUACUAUCAUCGGUGUUUUCGUCUUCAUCCUCUUUGCCAUUACCUCUUGGAUGUCCUUCCGCAAUGUAAUGCAUUUCCGUCGCACCGGUACCCUCCCCGACGCCGUCUCCGAUCCCACCUUCGCUGCCCAAAGCAAGGCCGCCUUCUCUUCUAACCCAGCCCACGACUUCGAGGAGGACGAGGAUGACUUCCGCUCUGGCCGUGCCGGCAUGGGCGCCCCAUCUGGCAGUGACCGGGAUGAGGACUACGCCCUGCUGCAGCAGAGCGAGAUGGAUGACAUUAGCAACGCGCACGGCCGGACCGCAAUGCACGGUGCUUACGAUCCCACAGGCCCAGCACCCGGCAGUGUUCUCCACGACUAUAACAGCACCGGUUACGGCGGUGCCCACGGGCAACACUAUGCCCCACCAUCGGAGUAUGGCUCCUCGAUGAGUGGGUAUGGCCGGUAA